AUGGCUGCCGGUCUGCACCAGGAGGAGCCUGCCACAGUCGAGAUCCCUGAACAAAUGAGGGCUUGGAUGGAACGGGCUAUCCGCCAGGGGAUCACUGAAGGUCUGCAGCAGAUGUCCAGGCCCGGCCUCCUUCAGAUGGCUCCUGAACAUGAGUUGCUAUCAGCCAGGUCCUCGCCCAGACCGGACCCACCCCACGGUCAGGUACCUUCACAGAGGGGCAGCCCUCUUCCAGAAGGGGAACUGGAGGAGGAGAUAGAGGUCUUGGACCAGUCCAGGGAGGAGGAAGAGUUUGAAUGGGGGUCCACGCUCCAUGGUGAGCCCCUAUCGGAGAUAGACCCGAUGGAAGGGGAGAUGUCCGAGGAUGAGGGUCUCACCCCCGAUCAAUCCACCUUUGUGGGUCUGUUCAAGCCACACAUGUUUAAAUCAAUCCUCCUUAAGGCCAAAAACACUUCUGGUCUAUCCGUACAAUCCCCCUCUGCCCUCCCUUCCCCGGCGGAAGGUCCAGAGGAUGCCAUUUUCAGGCAGCCCAUGGUGGAAGAGGAGGUUAUUCCGGCUCCACCAAUCUUUCACGUCCUUGUCUCAAAUCAGUUGGUCUCCACGGGGGCCCCUCCUGCCCCAUCCAACCAGGACAAGAGGUUCUUCAACCUCGAAUCAAGCUUUUGCAACCUGCUUAAUACUCUUGAGGUUGAUGAGCCCAUCGUUGACUUAGCAUCCUCCUCCUCCCCUAGCGAUCCUCUGGAGGGUCUCAAGCCCGAGGACAAGAGGUCCAAACUAGCCUUACACAACGUCACUGCCAAGGCUCACGUCAACAGGGAAUCCACCCUCCAAUUCUUAACAUUCAAAGUCAUGUUCCUGGUGGCCAUUACUUCGGCUCGCCGAAUCUCGAAGAUCGCAGCCUUGUCGGUGAGAAAGGACCUUUGCAUCUUCCAUGCUGACCAGGUGGUCCUCCGGCCUGAUCCUACCUUUCUGCCCAAGGUCAACUCAACCUUCCACAGGGCACAGGAACUCAUGCUCCUGAACUUCUGUCCCAAUCCCUCGCAGGAGAGGGAGAAGCUGUGGCACACCCUGGACGCCAAGGGGAUGUUCCAGGCACAGGUUGCCAUUGGCAUUGUGAGCCCCAUGGGCUGGAAAGUAAGGCAGGCCGCCUUGGAGUGGAUGGACAUGUUGUUGGACCAGAUCGUCUGUGGGGUUAGAGACCUGAGACUCCAAAGACGUUUGCUGGCAAAAAAGGACUUGAAUCUAUCCCUAGCCAUGGAGGAAGCCCUAGCUGCUGAGCUCUCUGCCCAAUCAGCAGCUGAGAUUCAAGGCACUCCAUUAAAGCCCAGCAGUUCCACCAUCCAUUCAGAAGAAAGAAACAACUUCGCCCCCAAACAACCUCCAAUUUGCCUAACCUGCGGAGGCUCCCACUCUAGGGCAUCCUGCAGGUUUAGAAAUGCCAUCUGCCUGAAUUGCCAAAAGAAGGGUCACCUCGCUAGAGUCUGCCAAGCAGGGCGCACUUUGCCUCAAAGACCUCCACCACCUUCUAAUUCCCAAAGGCAAGUGGAGGACUGCUAUACCUGCUACCAGGCUAACCAUACUUCCCAAACCCCUGAUAAAAUCAAAAUUUCUGUUUUCCUAGAAGGUAAAUCCUGCAGGAUGGAGGUAGACACAGGAUCUGCACUCUCAAUCAUCUCCUGGGAAACCCUGAAGAAGCUCCUGCACAAAGGUUGUCUGCUGUGGGGGACCAGAGUUGUCAUUCCAGAGUCACUACGCAGACCCGUCCUGAAGGCAUUACACGAAGGGCACCCCGGCAUUGUACGAAUGAAGGCGUUGGCACGGAGCUAUGUAUGGUGGCCGGGCAUGGACGACGAAAUUGCAAAAUGGGUAAGCUCCUGCCGUCCCUGUCAAGAAUCCCGGCCAGCGCCCCCAGUAACCCCUCCCACCAAAUGGGAAAACGCCAACGCACCAUGGUCCCGUCUACAUGUUGACCUGGCCGGCCCAUUCCAUGGCAAAACAUUCCUAAUAGUAGUAGACUCAUUUUCUAAAUGGAUCGAUGUGGCACUCCUUCUCUCAACCACCACACGAGCAGUCGCCCAAGCACUGACUCGUUUGUUCGUCACACACGGUCUCCCAGACACCAUUGUGUCAGAUAACGGUCCUCAAUUUACGUCCACAGACUUCAGCCGGUUCUCCCAAGAUGACUGGCAUUCCAGACUCUCUAGAUUCCUUAUAAGCCAACACUCGACCCCGUGCACGGUCACAAACAAGUCACCGGCAGAGCUAUUGAUGGGCAGAUGCUUAAGGACAAUACUAGACAGGCUGCACCCUCACUAUUGCCCAGAUACACCCCUUGGGUCUAACAGUAGGGUCAGGAGUUUUGUCUUACAGGAUCAAGUCUUCACCAGAAAUUACGCGGGAGACCCAUUGUGGGUACCUGGCAGGAUCGUGGCCAUCACGGGGCCCAGGUCGUACCACGUCCAGUUAGAAGACGGGCGCAUUUGGCGAAGGCACCUGGAUCAG